GUCAUUGAGGGACCGAGGAGAAGAGCAGGGCGCGCGGGGCUGCAAAAGGAGAAGUGGGAGCGAGUAGCCGUAGGGGGCGGCCGCCGAGCGGGUGGGGGCGCGGCGAAGCGCCCGAGCCUCCGGCCUUUUCGGGCGGUGCCCCGGCAGCUGGCAACCUCGUGGCGCUAGUCGGGAUCCGCCGCGCUCCGGACCCUGGCAGGCGGGGCGCGCCCGCCGCGCGCAGAAUGUGGCAGCCGACCCGGUCCCGGCCCCGCGCGCUCUGGCGUUGGGUGCUGGCGAUACUGACCCUUGGCGGCGCGGGACUGUGCCACGCCGGCCCGCAGUCCGGGUACCCCGCGCGGCCCAGCGCCAGGAACAAGAACUGGUGCGCUUACAUCGUGAGCAAGAACGUGAGCUGCUCUGUACUGGAGGGAAGUGAGAGUUUUAUCCAAGCUCAGUACAACUGUCCCUGGAGCCAGAUGCCCUGUCCAUCCGCGCUGGUGUAUCGGGUGAACUUCAGACCCAGGUACGUCAUCAGAUACAAGACGGUGACCCAGUUGGAAUGGAGAUGCUGCCCUGGCUUUAGAGGAGCGAACUGCCAAGAAGGCCCCAAAGACCCUGCGAAGACCCCCCACCCCACGCCUGCUCGGCCUCGAAACAGCAUAAAGAAAGCCACAGAUAACGAACCAAGCCAAGUCUCAGACCCCACGGACAUUGCACCACCAACUCGUGCAGGAGAACCGAGUCAGAAGGUGGAUCCCAAACAGGGGCCUGAAGAACUUCAGGAUAAGAAAAUCCAGAUGCUUGAGGAGAAGGUUCUCCGACUCACAAGGACAGUUCUCGACCUUCAGUCUUCCAUUUCAGACCUGAACGAAAAUCUCAAACAUGCUACUCAGGAUGAUGCCAGCAAACCGACCUCAUGGCUGGGCGACCCGCAUCCCCAGCCGGGGCCUGGCAGUGAGAUUGCCAGAGACACGGAAAGAGCCCAGCCUCCCGGAGUCCUCAGUAGUAAGGAAUCUGGUAUGAAGGACAUUAAGUCUGAAUUGGCCGAAGUCAAAGAUACUCUGAAGACCAAGAGUGACAAGCUGGAGGAGCUGGAUGGGAAGGUGAAGGGUUACGAAGGGCAGCUCAAACAGCUGCAGGAGGCUGCCCAGGGCCCCACGGUGACCAUGACCACCAGUGAGCUCUACCAAGCCUACGUGGACAGUAAGAUGGAUGCUCUGAGAGAGGAGCUCAUGGAGGGGAUGGACAGGAAGCUGGCCGACCUGAAGAACACAUGUGAGUACAAGCUGGUUGGCCUGCAGCAGCAGUGUGAUGACUAUGGCAGCAGCUACCUGGGGGUGAUAGAGCUGAUCGGGGAGAAGGAGGCGAGCCUGAAAAAAGACAUCAACGACCUUCGAGCCCGGCUGCAGGAUCCUCCAGCCCAGCCGAGUUGCUGCAGCAGGGGAAAGGGUGGCGACUUCGGUGAGCAGCUCAAGACGUUAGAGCAGAAAAUCGAGAGAGUGGCGGAAGCCACCAGAAUGCUGAAUGGUCGGAUGGACAACGAGUUUGACCGCCUCAUGGUUCCGGAACCAGAUGUGGACUUUGAUGCCAGAUGGAAUGAACUAGAUGCAAGGAUCAACGUGACGGAGAAGAACGCGGAAGAACAUUGCUUUUACAUUGAGGAAACCCUCCGGGGGAUCAUCUCUGGGGAGGUCGAUGACUUGAGGCAACUUCUGGAUCAGAAAAUACACUCUCUGGAAGACCGUCUGGGGAGCGUCCUCCUACAAGUGGCCAAUGACACUGGUGGUGAAUUUGGUCCCCCAGGGGCAGCCCUGCCUGGGCUGUCUGGAUCAGGCAAUGAACAGGUCAUGAUAGAAUUAAACCACCUGCGGGACAAAGUUCAAAUGGUUGAGGACAUUUUCCUGCAGAACUUCCAGGGAGGACAUCUUGGGUUGGAAGGUACUGUACCAAACAGAGAGGACCACCUAGCGGGUGAUAGCCUGAGCCUUUUGAAAUCUCUCAAUGACACGAUGUAUAGGAAGUUUCAAGAAACCGAGCGUAACAUCCAGAAGCUUCGAGAAGAUUUUAGUCGUCUUUAUUCUCAACUAAACCACACAGGUAAUGAUGUGACUCAUCUUCAGAAGGAAGUGAGCAAUUGUAAAGCAGGUAAAAAUGCUGCAGCAGGUGGUUUUACUAAGGUGGGUGAGCAAGAAAGGAUGGUGGAGACCCUCCCGUCUCCCCAGGACCCUGUGGCUCAGUGUUGCGGUCAGCUGGAGGAGAGGUGGCAGAGGCUCCAGAGCCAGGUCCUGUCUGAGCUGGACACUUGUAAGGAAAAUAUUCAUGGGGUCCAGAGGGGGGUCUCUGUGGUUGAGGACAGGGUGUCGCAUAUGGAGAAAACGUGCAGCAAGCUGGACUCCAUGUCGGGGAGUCUGCAGAAGAUCAAAGAGGGGCUCAACAGGCACGUCAGCAGCCUGUGGAACUGUGUCAGGCAGAUGAACGGGACACUCAGGUCGCAUUCCAGAGACAUUUCCGGCCUCAAGAGUUCCGUCCAGCAGUUCUAUAGCCACGUUUUCCAGAUUUCUACUGACUUGCAAGAUCUGAUCAAAUUCCAGCCAUCGGCAACGGAGGAGCCCUCAGAAACGCCCCAGCCCCUGGCCCCAAAGGCCCCACAGGUGCCUGCAAGGCCCUUGCCGUCGGAAGCCCCCACUGAACUGCCACAGCCCAAGCCAACACGGCCAUCACCGGAGGACCCCGCAAGACGACUGCACACAGGCCAACGGCCAGUGCUGCCCAAGAGACCCCCGCAGCUGUGGCCCCCAGAAGAGCCACUGCCCCCACCAGCUCGACCUGGCUGGACAGGGCUGCCUUUCUUGCCUGGCUCCACCGGGGUCCUAAUGGAGACUGGAGAGGCUGGGCCUCCGGGAAGGAUGGGCGUGUCAGGAAGGGGCCUGCCCCAGGGUGUGGAUGGCCAGACGGGACAGGAGGCCAUCCCCAGCGCAGAAGGCUACGCAGGAGCACCAGGAUACCCCAAGUCACCUCCUGUAGCCUCCCCAGCAGGGGUUCCAGGGCCUGCUCUGGUGUCUUUUUCUGCUGGGCUUACCCAGAAGCCUUUCCCCAGUGACAGUGGCGUUGUCCUCUUCAACAAGGUGCUGGUAAAUGACGGGGAUGUUUAUAACCCCCAAACUGGGAUCUUCACAGCUCCUUACGAUGGGCGCUACCUGAUCACAGCUACUCUCACCCCUGAGCGGGAUGCCUACGUGGAAGCCGUUCUCUCAGUCUCCAAUGCCAGUGUGGCCCAGCUGCACACAGCCGGGUACAAGAGAGAAUUCCUGGAGUACCACCGACCCCCAGGGGCUGUGCACACUUGCGGCGGCCCAGGGGCCUUCCACCUUGUUGUGCACUUGAAGGCCGGAGACGGUGUCAAUGUGGUGGUGACUGGGGGCAGGUUGGCCCAUACAGACUUUGAUGAAAUGUACUCCACCUUUAGUGGGGUUUUCUUAUAUCCUUUCCUUUCCCACCUCUAGGGUGGCCAGGGAGAGGGGAGAGAUAGUUGUAAAAACUCUGAAGCUUUAAUAUAUUCAGUUUAUGUAUGUAACUGGAGCACUGAUCUAGAGUUUUCUGCAUACAUCCUUCCACCUGCCCCUAAGAUAAAGGCCUUACCUCGCUGUUGGGCCACCACACCUUAAGAGUUUGCAGACAGGUAGUGAGGAGUUCACCUAUUUUUCUGUCACUCUAACUGGACAACUGGAAGACUUGGAAAGCCCCCUUGCCUGCAAUCCGGCUCCCCUCUUGCAUCUUCCCAGCCUCCAGCUCCGCGUCAAGGUUCCUGGGGAACACACCUGGUGCUACCUGUGGAGGUUUACACUGCUUCCCAGAGGGCAGGGCCGCGGGGUGGUGCCUUGCUGCUAGAGAGGAACGGCAGCUGGCUGAAGGUGGGGAGCGCGGUGGUGGUGGUGGGUAGCCAGCAGUCUCCUCCUCCGUAAACUACACGCGGGAGAAAAGUUUAAACACUGAAGUGCUAACGUGGCCCAUGCCACCCCGUACAGGGACCCAGAGUUCAGUUUGGGUUGUUCCCUACCUGGCUAGCUGCCAUGGCCUGGGACUCAUCCCUGCUUACUGGGCCCUGGCCCCACUGCAAAAGGGGAUGUGCCACACACUAUUUAUGAAACUUGUUGGGCUCCUUAGAUGACAUGUACAACUGAAGUGCAAAGACAGGGAGUGUCAAUAAAUAUGUAAAACCACUUUGA